GCUCAUAAUUUAAAAUGGCGGCUAAUGGAACCGGAGACGAUGCAUCUUUGUUAGAAGAAGAAGAGGAGGAAGGCAGUCCUAAUGAAGGAGACGUUCCCAUGAGUAGAAGACAAGUAGCUCUGGAUUAUGUUAAAGGUUGGUGGAGGACAGCAGUUAUUGUGGUCACACCGAUCCUCUUUUGUCCUAUUCCUUUUGCAUUUGAUCUCUCUUCUGAGGCGUGUGCUUUUUACACAAUAGCCAUUAUAGCUGUCUACUGGAUAACAGAGGCCAUACCUCUUGCUGCUACUUCUCUACUACCACUGUUCCUCUUUCCUGCCCUUGGUGUUCUCACUGCUGGAGAAACCGCCAUUAACUACCUCAACGAUACCAAUAUGCUGUUUGUCGGAGGUCUAAUGGUCGCUGUAGCAAUUGAAAAGUGGAAUCUGCACAAGAGGAUAGCACUCCUUGUGUUGCUGCUGGUUGGGUCCAGUCCAAAAUGGCUUCUACUCGGCUUCAUGUGUGUCACAGCAUUCCUUUCAAUGUGGAUCAGUAACACAGCUACUGCAGCCAUGAUGCUCCCCAUUGCUCAAGCAGUUCUACAAGAAAUAAGUGAACACUCAUCAUCAGAAGUUGGCACUGAUACAGGAGGAGGAGGGGGAGGAGAACCUAGGACUGAAGAUUACUCAGAAAACGUUCAACUAGUGUCAGCUAGGCAGCAGCAUCAGCAGUCUUAUAACUCUACGGAGUCUUCAGAAGAAGAGAAAGAAGAUGAGAUUAAGGAAUCUCCUAUUGAUGUGAAGACUGAGUCCAUUACUGAAGAUAAUAAUGGGUAUACUGAUGAUAGACAAGAAAUCAUGGAAAGAAAUAAUGAUAAUAAUUCAGAGACGGCUUCAGUCCAACAUCCUAAACCUACCCCUGGUUUCUCAUGGCUUGCUAAAGGCCUCAUGUUGGGUGUGGCCUAUUCCGCUAAUAUUGGUGGCAUUGCAACGCUCACCGGGACAGGACCUAACCUCGUCUUUAAAGGCGACAUAGAACAGUUUUUUCCUGAUGGACCAGGUAUUAAUUUUGGGUUAUGGUUUGCAUUUGCAUUCCCUCUCAUGAUAUUAUGUCUCUCUAUAUCAUGGAUGUAUCUGUCACUUCUCUUUUGUAAUGACUGUUUUGGAAAGUUAAAGAGGUUGCUGUGUAGAAAGGCCGGAGCUAGUGGCUUUUAUUCAAGUAAAGCUGCACGUAAUGUAUUGAGACAACAGUACAAGAGACUUGGCCCUUGGAAGUUUGCGGAGAUUGAGUUGCUGUGUUGUUUUGUGAUUCUUGCUCUCCUGUGGCUAACCAGAGAGCCCCAGUUCAUUACUGGCUGGGGAGCCAUUUUUAAAACAGAUGACAAUAUGAAAAGUUAUUUUUCCGAUUCUAGUACAGUUAUUUUUAUUGUCUUGUUAUUAUUUAUAUUACCCACCAAACCUUGUUGCUUCUUUCGUAGGCGACGCCAUUGCUCAUGCUCAUGUCCUGCUGAUGGGAGAGAGACUCUAUUGGAUUGGGAUAGUGUCCAUCAUAAGCUUCCAUGGAACGUUGUCCUAUUAUUGGGAUCUGGCUUUGCCCUAGCUGAUGGAGCUGAUAAAUCUGGCCUAUCAUGUGUCAUUGGUAAGAGGCUACUAGGUAUAAGACAUGUUCCUGAUGUAUUGAAGGUCCUCUCAGUUUCUGUCAUCAUUGCUUCAGUCACUGAAGUCAUUUCUAAUGUUGCAACGACUACAUUGUUUUUACCCAUACUAGCACAACUGGCUGUGGCUUUAUCACUCAAUCCGUUUUAUCUCAUGUUACCAGCUACAGUCUCUGCUUCAUUUGCUUUCAUGCUCCCUGUCGCCACUCCUCCCAAUGCAAUUGCUUUCACUUAUCGUCAUCUUAAAGUCUACGACAUGGUACUCACUGGUAUUUUUAUGAACAUUAUUUGUGUUUUUGCAGUCAAUUUGGCUGUUAAUACUUGGGCAGUUCCUUUGUUUGAUCUUCAUACGUUUCCAAACUGGACAACAACCAGUGGAUCGAUAUCCGGCAAAUGCAACUAUACUGCUACUUUUUAGUUAUUUUUGUAUAAUAAAUCAUUGAAGUAUUAAAAAUACCAUGAUUUGCAUUUUUUAGAUACCAUUUGUAAUACAUGUAA